ACCACGCUCCACGGGCUUACGGGUUCCUCCCCGCACUACGCCAUGCUCGUUAUUUCGGCAACAGCCGGUAUAACUCGCAUCACAGAAGAACACAUCGGUCUUCUGCUGGCUUUGGACAUGCCGUUCUUCGCAGUCAUCAACAAGUGUGAACUGGUUAGCAACAUCAACGCUGUUGUAGCGAGGCUGGCUCAAUUGUUGGAACCCGCUAAUAAGAAACCGCUGUUAAUAACUGACGAGAAUAUGGCAAGGAACUGCGUUGCGCCGCAAAAGUCGAUACUGGACACCAUAGACAAUGUAGACGAGGAAAUCAAAAAGGAUGAGGAGGUGGCCGUGUUCCCGGUGAGCUGCUUGCGCGGCGCCGGUUUCAACGCGCUGCACGCGUGCCUGCUGGCGCUGGCACCACGCCGCGACCUGCAGCGUCCCGAAGACGUGCGCGCGCGGCCUCACGGCGUCGGUAUCGGAAAACGACUGGCGAGCGGGGUAAAAUCGAUGUUGCACGACGGUCCCGAGGCGCGCCCGAGCGCAUCAGCUCGGCAGUGA